CGGAAGUUUAGAAGAAAAACAAGAAGAAGAAGUCGUCCAUUGCUAACAGCUAGCCUGUUAGCUUCCUCCGUCAUGGCGGAACUAAACAGACAGCUCCAGGAGUAUUUGGCCCAGUCCAAAGGUGGCGGCUCCAGAACCACCUCACAGUCCGGCUCCAGCACCACGGUGGACCUGGACGACCCUGACCCGGUCUCGGGGAGCUGGUUCGGGCGGUGGUCAAGUCCGUGGUCCGGAGGAGGAGGUGCGUCCGGAAGCCAGAGCUCCGGAGGAAACAGCGGGUUUUCCUGGCCGUGGUCGUCCGAGCCGGACCCCUGUCUGCCAGGCAUGAGUCGCCGUCAGCGGCUCGUGGUCUCCUUGGUGUUCGCGUCGUUCUCCGUGCUGUGCUUCGGCCUCUCUGCGCUCUACGCGCCGCUGCUGCUGCUCUACGCACGCAAGUUCGCGCUGCUCUGGUCGCUCGGUUCGCUGUUCGCCAUCGCGGCAGCGGCGGUGCUUCGCGGGCCCAGCCGACUCUUCGCCGGCCUGUCCACCUCCCCCGGACCCGCCGUCUACCUGUGCUCCCUCGUGGGGACUCUGUACGCGGCGCUGAGCCUCCACAGCACCGCGCUGACUGCGCUGGGAGCCGCGGUGCAGGUCGCGGUCAUAGUCGGCCACGUGGUGUCGCUGCUGCCAGGAGGAAGCGCCGGGAUCCGCUUCAUGGGGGGGAUGGCGGCGUCAGCCAUCAAGAGGACCGUGACCGGGAAAACCAUGCCGACUUGAGCGGGACCGAGCGUCACAGACCGGUCACGUGAUUGAUUACCGUAUGUUCUGCUCACUGAGCUGCAGGACAGACAGACAGACAGACAGACAGACUGCUGCUGCUGCUCAGAGGACCAAAUAAUAGUUAUGUUUGAACUUUUCAUGAAUAAAGUCACUUUCAUACAAAACUAAACUCUGGUUUCAUCUGUGACACAGUACUGAGUACUACCGAGUGUGUACUCUGAGUAUUAUGUUUAUUCAGAUAUUACACCCCCCCCUCAUGUGACGAUGAGUUGAAGUGUGAAUCUUUAUUGUCCACCUCAGUGAAACACAAAAACAUAGAAAUCUUUUACAAAAAAGCAACAAGACUAGUGACUGAAAUAAAAGAGACGAUGAUUCUCUACAAUAUUUUACAUUAAAACGUUCUGUUUCCUGCUCCGUCAGUACGGACCAAUCAGGAGCCAGCGUCCCUCACAGCAGCAGAGAUCUGAAUGUGUCACAUGACCAAAAGUUUGUCUGAAGGUUCCUCAGGAUCUGGACUCAGGUCUGUGGGGGUUCAUGGGAGUUUGUUUCUUUCCUCCAGGACUACCGGCCCCGGCUGCCCCCCCUCGGUGGCACUCUGGGUGCUGGUCCUCCUCUCCUGGGGACCGGUCCAGGUCCUCCGGGACCCCAGCCUCCUCGUCCACCUCGACCAGACGGGCCGUAGCCCCCGUCCUCCCUCAGUGGGGGGCGGCCUGCAGGUGAAACCAGACCACAAGGCUUCAGGUGAAGUUUGUUAAACCAACGACGGUGUGAUUGUGAUAUUGUGCUGCUGACUCACCUCCGUCGGCUCCCGGGGACUCUCGCUCUCGGGGGUCUCCGGUUCCCGGGCCGUCUUGCCACGGACGCUUCCGGGGGGGCAGAGAUGCCAUGUCCAUCCCCUGAAGGGAGGCGGAGCGCUCACGACCCGUCGGAGACGACCCAUCAUGCAUCUGCUGCUGACCGUCCCGAUAGCUAUCGUGACCUACAGGACAGGAAGGCAAGGAGACCACCGCCACAAUAAGAGUCUGCAUAGAAAUAAUAUUCUGUAAGAUCGAGACAAAGAAAUGUUGGUUCACAAAACCAUCACAUUGUUCUUGUUGUUAAUCAAUCAUGAGAUUUCAUUUUUAAUACGUUUUUUUAAACAGCAGAGGGCUGAUGGGAAUUGUAGUCCAUCCUUUGAACCUUCUUCUUAGACGUCACAUGGAACCGGAAGCUCUCACCUCCUCUGGGUGGACCUCCUCCUCGAGGCGGCCUCCCUCGGCCCCCGUUGUCCCAGCCUCUGCCCAUCUCCUCAGGACCAUCGAAGCCCUCCUCCUGGCUGCCGUACUCGUCGGAGUAACCUCGAGCUCCGAGCCGGCCGGGGCCUCCUCCUCUGAACCUGAAACAACCAGUGAGUCCAGUUCAUGUCUCGUCCAGACCUCUGAGGGUCUGCAGGUUUUCAGUAUAUCAGGCUGCUCACCUCUCGUCUCUCCGUCCUCUGAACUCUCCUCCAGUGAACCUCUCCUCGGGGCCCCAGUUCCCUGCGUU